AUGGUUAGCAUUAAUGCUUCAAUUGCUAUCCAGGCAAUUCUUCUUGUCUUGACCUUUGCUGUUCUCAUCCUCCGAGGCUGGGCGCGCGUACUCUCCCACCAACCGAUCUUCACACCGACCGAUCUAUUUGCUUGGGCAGGAUGGGUAUUUACACUGGGAUGGUUCAUCUGUUCGACAUUGGCCCUUCGGAUCCUUAUCGAUAACCCUGCCUACACGACCGAGCUUCUCGUCGAUUCAGAGGAAUACCUCAAGAUCGUUUUUGUGGCGCAGUACUUUUUCGACAUCGGAAUCUACCUCCCCAAGAUCUCCAUCACCAUGUUUUACUGGAAUUUGAUACCGAGGAUUUCUGGACGACUCAAGAACGCGCUGUUGGCAGUGUCCAUCUACCUGGGCUGCUGUCUCACUGCGACAGUCCUUACCGACACCUUUAUAUGUCAGCCCAUCUCCGACAACUGGUCUAUCCCGAACCAACUCAAGUCGACAUGGAACUCGUACGCCGCCUUUGUCAUCCAAUGGGUCCUAAACUGGUCUACAGAUUUGGUCGCGUUUCUAUAUCCCUUCUUCCUUCUUAAGCAUAUUGCCCUUCGCAAGGAACAGAAGCUUGCCCUUGUUGGCGUGUUUUCUCUGGGUGCCAUCACCCUCAUGGUUAGUCUUUCGCGAUUCAUCGCAUAUAAUGCGACGGAUUUUGAACUCGAAGACGAGUCAGGCAACAUCUUAUCCACUGCAGAGAUGACUACAGCCGUUAUAGUUGUUUGCCUCCCCGGUCUUCGAAGAUUUAUCUCACGUGGUAAAUCACCUGGCCAAUCGUCAGGGCCAUCGAGUGACUACGCCAAUGGAACAGCCAACAAUGCUACACCGCGAACAAGGCAUCCACCGUCAGCCUAUCAAAAAUGGGGAGUGAGAGACGAUGAAAUCGGAUUAGUCACCGAGAUUCGUGGUGGAAACUCGACAGAGCUGACCGACGUAGAACGUAACGCUGAUGGGAAAAGUGUGUUUGUGACGCAUAGUAUCACGUCAAAUACAUAG